UUCCUUUCUGGUUUGGAUCAACACUUCCGGAACACUUUCAUAUCAGUGGAGGCGAACUGAACAGGGCUCUGGGAGGCGUAGCUUGACAUAACCUUAGCCAAAUUGACAUCGCGACCUUGUUUCUGGCGUAAUUGUCACUACACAAACGGAAAAUAAAUUACUAAAUGCACCCAGGAUCACAUUGAAAGAUACCUGUGAAAGCUCUUGCUUCCCACCCAAAUGUCACAGUGACAGGGGCGGGCGGAGGCAGAGCCCGUUGCCCCGGCCCCUUUGCCCAACUGCAGAGCAGCACCUGUCAGGGAGCACACCCUCCCAUUCCAGUCCUCUGGGUGGCACCUUGAGCCAUGGAGCACCCACGGGAGAAAGAGGGUGAGAGACCUGCACGCAGCAGCAAGGCAGGUCAGGGGCGCAGCGGGCACUCGCGCCCCUCGGGAUCAGGCUCCUCUGGAGUGCUCAUGGUGGGGCCCAACUUCCGUGUGGGCAAGAAGAUCGGCUGUGGUAACUUUGGAGAGCUGAAGUUGGGUAAAAAUCUCUACACCAAUGAGUAUGUUGCAAUAAAAUUGGAACCAAUCAAAUCAAGGGCACCACAGCUGCAUUUGGAGUACCGGUUUUACAAAACAUUAGGCAGCACAGCGGAGGGUCUUCCUCAGGUCUUCUACUUUGGGCCUUGUGGGAAAUACAAUGCCAUGGUGUUGGAGCUGCUGGGUCCCAGUCUAGAAGACCUCUUUGACCUUUGUGACAGGACCUUCUCUCUUAAGACCGUUUUGAUGAUGGCUAUUCAGCUGCUAUCCCGGAUGGAGUACGUCCACUCCAAGAACCUCAUCUACCGAGACGUGAAGCCAGAGAACUUCCUCAUCGGGCGGCAGGGGCACAAGCAGGAGCACAUCAUCCACAUAAUUGACUUUGGCCUGGCCAAAGAGUACAUCGACCCCGAGACCAAAAAACACAUCCCCUACAGGGAACACAAGAGCCUCACAGGGACCGCCCGCUACAUGUCUAUUAACACCCACUUAGGAAAAGAGCAAAGUCGACGGGAUGACCUGGAAGCCCUGGGCCACAUGUUCAUGUAUUUCCUACGAGGGAGUCUGCCGUGGCAAGGACUCAAGGCUGACACCCUGAAAGAGCGAUACCAGAAGAUUGGCGACACCAAGCGCAACACUCCCAUCGAGGUCCUCUGUGAAAGCUUUCCAGAAGAGAUGGCCACCUACCUGAGCUACGUGAGGCGGUUGGACUUCUUUGAGAAGCCCGACUACGAGUAUUUGAGGACUCUGUUCACCGAGCUGCUUGAGCGCAAAGGAUACACAUUUGACUACACCUACGACUGGGAUGGCAGACCGAUUCCUACUCCAGUGGGGGCUGUCAACGUGGACUCGGGUGCGUCUGCCAUCACGAGAGAAAGCAACGCUAACAGAGACAGGCCCUCUCAGCAACAACCCCUACGGAACCAGACGGCAGCAUCAGACCGCAGAGGGGCAUGGGAUGCACAGCCCCACCGGCAGACAAACUCCUCCUACCUGAGCAGCUCCCACCUGGCCGCAGACAGGCAUGGGGGCUCUGUGCAGGUGGUCAGCUCCACCAAUGGGGAACUGAACGCCGAUGACCCAAUGACGGCCCACUCCAACGCACCUAUCGCAGCGCAGGCCGAAGUGGAGGUGGUGGAUGAGGCCAACUGCGUGAAAAUGCUCAACCUGUGGUGUUGUUGCUUCUUCAAGCGAAAACGGAAGAAGAACACUCCACGGCAGAAAUGAUCUCCUGCUACCCUGUCCGGUGUCGCUGAGCGAGUUUGGUUUUAAGGAAACUAAUGAAGGGACAUUUCUGGGAGGGAGUUGUGACAGAGACUUGUUAUUACAAGAGAAAAAAUGGGAUUCUUACUGACCUGGACCUACUGAAUGGAACUACUAUACACAUGAAGACCUUGGCCACAAAGUCCUUUCUUUUCUUUUCUUUCUCGGUGGCUGAAUGGAUGAAUGACUAAAUUUGACUUUUGACCUUUCCUCUGGAUACUGGAGGAUGCCUGAGGACAUCUCUUCAUCUGCCCCAGUUUUUUUUCUUUCUUUUGCUCAAGCGGAGAUCAAAAGUCAAGUCUUCCCCUCUCCAUUUCUCUUUUCAGGUGUGAGGAGACCAGUCUAGCAGUCUAUAGACCUCUAUCACCUUUCUCUUUCUUUCUUGUGUCUCCUCUUUCUCUCUCACCAAACCCACUCACAUCCACAGUAAAAGCCGGUCUUAAGCUGUCCCUUUUGCUUUUUGUUCAUACAAAUUUAUGUCUGUACAUACGUAGGUGUGGAUGUUUGUUUGUUUGAAUGUGCCCUAAUGGCUAAUUGGUUCAUAUGCCACGAAGCUCCUCCCACUCAGCCCUGUUUGACUGUCUUUUGAAGAAGGCAUUAUAGAUGAUGAUUCCUAGUCCUGAAGUAACCUUGCUCCAACCCUAGACACCUCCAUGGUCCCUUGUAGAUCUGCAAAGAUGCCACAGAUUCUUUCAAAUCUAUCAAGAAGGGUCUGCAGGUUGAUUUGGGAUUGGCAUAAGUAGUCAAAGCAGAAAGAAACGGUAGAUAAGGAGGGAACACCAAAAGAAGCACUUUUCUAAUGCAUCCUUGCCAGAAAAAAACCUGAUGAGUACCAAUUCACCUCUAAACAAUCACUAAAUUUGCCUGCUGCCUCCAUAUGUGUUAAAAACAAUUGUGCUAAUUUCAAUGAUAUGCAAGAAAAAUGUUAGACCGCAGCGAGUGACCAAAGGGAUGUGUGUGAACAGAGGACCUAUUAUGUUACCACACCAGAUUUAGAUUUAACUGAAAAUGAUUUGUAUUCUAGAUCCAUGUUUGAUGCACUGGUCAUUAUUACCCACCCACUCCUUUUCAGCUUUUCAAUUUCAGGCCAAUUGUAAAAACAUGUUGGCCAAUUGUAAAAACAUGUUGGCCAAUUGUAAAAACAUGUUGGCCAAUUGUAAAAACAUGUUGGCCAAUUGUAAAAACAAAAAAAUAAAAAAUGUUGGCCAAUUGUAAAAAUAAAAAAAAUAAAAAUGUUGGCCAAUUGUAAAAAUAAAAAAAAUAAAAAUGUUGGCCAAUUGUAAAAAAUGUUGGGGGGGAGUAUCACCAAUAGAUCUGUUAUGAGUUGCAUUUCGCAUUGCUUUUGGUAACAUUGCCGGUACCUGUAAACUGGUCCCUGUUAUCCACAAACACCUAACUUUGUUUCUGUGUGGAUUUAGGAAAAGUUGCUUCCAAAUGCUGAUCUAAGGUCAGUUGUAGAUUUUUUUUUUUUUUUUACCUCAAUGUUUAAAGCUAGGAUUGGGCUAGAGUGAACUGACACCAGAUGUACACUUUAGGGUGGCUUCUACCUCCAGUCUGUCUGUUUUGUAAUGAAUCUGGGACAAGGAGAACAGACUUGGCUCUCCUAUUGAUUUAGAUGCUACUGCUCCUCCUGCUGGCCUUACCAUGUAAUGCCUUAAUCAGACCACCUCUCUUCAGAGCCUAUCAGGAUAGGCAUCUGUUCACUGCAACAACACACCAGCCAAUAAGAAGACAUGUUGACAAGUCUGGUUCCUAUAGAGCAGUGUUGCUCAACUGGAUUCCUGGGGUACCUUAUGGUGUUACAUAUUUUUGUUCUAGCCCAGCCUGAACACCUGAAUCACCUAAUUACAGGUUUAAUGAUUAGUUUAGUAUUAUUUUUGAAUCAGGUGUGUUUGCUGGGCUAGAACAAAAAAUGGAGCUGCGGUGUGGACGCUCAAGACCUGGACUUAAGAAAUGGAAGCUGUAGAGAGGGAGACUAUACAGCUGCCUCAAUGCCCCUUAGAGGUCAAAAUUAUUUAGCCUGUGGAAAUGGUUGCGUUUUAGGAGGUGACACUGUGGUCUCUCACUUUAAAUCAAUUUUAGCGCAGACAAGGUUGAGAAAGCAGAAUUUGAAGAUUUCAAAUAGAGGAACCUCAAUUUCUUUCCUCUAAGGUCAUCAGAGUGAAAGGAAGUGAAGGGCCUUUUUUUAUUCUUCAGAUAUGCUUAUUUGUGUUUCUCUGCAGUCAAAACAUUUGAGGUUGUGAAAUGCUACAUUUUACAAUAAUAUUCUACCCUCUUGGUAAACCUCAGUGUUUACUCCUGAGUGGUUAUCUUGUCUGUUUUCAAUUUAUUUUGUUUUGUGUUGUCAAUGUGAACUGAAAAUGUAUGAUGUCCUGUAAUUUGUAUUUUUUUWAUCAUUGAAUGAUCUUGCUUUUUCAUGGGGGGAAGUAUUUAAACAGCGUUUGAGUGCACUACUUAUUUUGUACCUACUGUUGACUGCAGUUAGAAUGCCAGCCUCGCUCUCUACCAUCUAGAUACUAUCCACUGUUUCACUUGUGUGUUAUGGAAAUGGUGGAAAGAACUCUGUGGCUUUGAGUCAAGCUGGAAGAAUUGUCAAUUUCCUUAUGCUUCUAUUGAAUAACUCCCUUGUACACAGACAGACACACGGGCUUGUGUGAUACGUUCCUAUGAUACGUUUUUAUCUUUGGAGUCAGUUCUCUAGCUGUCUUUUAUAGGGAUGGACAAACAGAAGCUAUGUAUAUUUUUGAGUAACAAAGCAGUUUUUUUUGUGCUGUGUGCAAAUGUUGUAUUCUUCCUUGAAAGUGUAUGUCUUGAGUAAGUAUCUCUGCAGUUUAAAUUAUUUCAAACGUACUUGAAUUGAAAGAUGUGGGACGAGUCUUAGUCAAGUAGUGGAAUGUCAGGAUUUACUCAAAUGCCAUUGUCUGACUAAAUGAUGUGCUUGUGAGUGACCUUAAUUCAUGGAUGGUCAGUUGAUUCACCCACCUAUCAUUCAGACUUUCAGACAUCGCUGCUGACCACACCAGGAUAAUUGUGAAGUGGGUAAAAGGCUUAGGCUGUUGUGUCAUGUGGUGUCGCUCUCCUUCUCUUGAUCUCUCCCUUUCUCUCUCCUUCACCAUGUUGUUUUUGGUGGCUUAUUCCCUUCCUUGAAGUAAUUAGUGAUAUAUAACGUGAUAGUUGAAAGAAAUGGCUUUUCCCGUAUGGAUUUCACCUGUCUAGUCAUGUCCAAUCAGUGAUUACUUGAAGGAAGAGAGAAAGGACUGUAUUUAUCCCAGGCCUUUUGACUUUCUAUGACACUGGUGCUGCAUGGAGGUGCUGACCCCAGUGUUUCUUGAGAGAACAGAGGAUAUAUUUUCCACUAGUUACCACAGCCAUAUUGUCAAAAUUGGCUAUAUCGUAAACAUGCAUGACACUUUUUGGUCUUKAUUUAAGGUUAGUGUUAUGCAUAAUAUUAGCAGUGUGGUUAGAGGUAGGUUUAAAAUUACUUUUUUAAGAACAUAAAUCGUAGAAGUAGGGGGUGUUUAUGACUUCGUGGCUAGGGUAACUAGUGAAGACCAGAGGACUUUUACUGGCUUAUUCACCGGAGUCCCACACGCCCCCUGAUGGCAGUAUAUAUUUGCCCAUGCAGCCUUCUGAUCCCACUGGGGGUAAUUUUGACGCUGCACAUUCCUUUUCCUCCAUGACAUGUUAACGCAACCUCCUCCGAUGGCAGGGUUUGUUUGAGAUGUCACUCACUGUAUCAGGAUGCGCUGACUAUGAAUAUGUAUACCUCAGAGAAAAGCCAUUACUGUCUCUAGCACACACACGCACACACUUUUUGUUCUGUCAUCUCAGUCUUUGCUCCCCAGUGCCAGCUUCAUGACCUCUAACCUUCCUCUGGUGCCAUGGGUGCUGAAAUGUUAACAUGUUGUAGACAUGAGCCCUAUUCUCUGCUCUUAAGAUGGUGCCAUUUUGACACUUGCGUUUGGUGGGUUAGCUGUAUCAUUGCAAGUGCUUUUGGAGAAACCAUUCAGAAAUAUUGUUUUGUUUUUUGCCAUGUUAUUGCUUACCUGCUGUCUUCCCAGGCCGUGCUUGUGUAACAACCAUACCAUCUCAGAAUUGGUAUGGUUGCGUAUUUCUGACAUUACAUAAAAGGUCUGUUAUUUUGCUUUAGAUAAUUUACGUGACUAAGAAUUCAUGAGGCUUCUACUAUAGUAGUAUUGCUUAUGAUUACACAUAAUUUUUUUCAUUAAGUAUUCUUGACCUGCUUUUCUUGCUUGAUCCCAACAACCAAAGUUAUUGUUUUGGCAUCCUUGUUUUCUUGUCAUUGUACUUCCUUAAUAUUAAUGGAACCACUUACUUUAAUACAUACUUGAAAUGUUUUGCCACAGUUUGUGCAACAUGUACAUAUGUACAGUCACCUAUAAAUGAUCUAGAUGCUACGGGGGGGCAUGACUUGGUACCCUCUCCAUCAGCAACUAGAAGACGACACUGAGUCAGAUUUGCUUUGACCAGUUGUAUCCUCGUCAUGUCUUCUGCAUCUAGGGGUAGAUUAAUUCAACCUGAGGUUUUCUCAUUGGCUUUAAGCACAAUUAUUAUUGUACUGGUAUGCUUUUGUGUAUUUUUAAAGAAUACUAUCUUGCUUGAAUGAAACGGGUCCAUCAGGGCCUUAAUGACCAUUUUCAUCGUUGCUGGUUCCUUUUUCAUUCUCACUGUCAUUCCAGACAAUCUCUCCACUUCCUCAGUGUUGGAGAGACCAUUUAUCGAUGGUUGCUUGCAUUUGUCCACAAAUGUGUAGGGCACGAGCUGCAAAGACUGCUCAAGUGAGGUAGACUUUUUCCGACAUUACGUUCAGAGUUGUUUAAACUGUAGACCUCCAGUGGUUAGAGACAAGACUGCAAUAUUGUACUGAUUAUUUUCAAUUGUAAAUUAUGUAAAGUUGAUUAUGUUCAAAUGGGAGUCUAUUUUCUUGAUCCGUUUUUCUUUUCUCCCUCUUCAAAGCUGUCUCCUGUUCUGGUAAUAGUUUCAAAGCUAUGAAUAUGAGUCAAGUAUUACAAUUGUAUUAUGAAUAUUACUGUGUUGAAACAUGAAUGUUACUUCAAAAUGUAUUUGAAUGCUUUAACCUGGUUAAGGGCUCCAAUCGUGAAGAACCCCUUUUUUUUUCAGGUUUUUGAAAGAUUUUUUUUUUUACAGAAAGAAACGAGGUCUAGACUCUUUCUGUCUUAAAAUGCCUACCCCCUUCGCCCCCAGAAGCCUCAAGUGAAAUGUGUCUUGGGACCUUUCCAAAAUCUUACUUUUUAUUCCCUCCUAACUUAAAGGGGAAAUCAAGUUUGCACCCUUUUUUAUGUAAAAUAAAUCUCUCUUAACCUUUA